UCCUCUCAAAUAGUUAACUGGGCCCUGAGACAAGACUUAAUAAUACCAUUUUUACCCAAGCAUUCAUUUUCGAAUUAUGUUUCCAAAAUGAAAAGACACAGGCUAGACAUGAUUGCUUUCGUAUUACGGUUUCUCAGCCUCCUGGUGAUCUCACAGUGCACGCUGCUGCCGACGAGAAUGUUGCAGGACAUCAGUAAACGCGCCAAUCUAUCGAUGGACAGGUACGAUCGGAUGGAGGAGGCUAUUCUCAACUCCAGGAUACACCUUCCUCAAGGAUCACCGUCCUGGUACUUGGGAGCAUCUCACGAGAUGUCAGAGGCAGCUCAAAUACUGUCUAGACGAGCACUUCGCGGUGAGACAAUGUCCGUGAUGCUGGUGGAGGCUUUAAGAAUGUCGCCCAAAGACGCCCUUGCGCUUUUACCCUCCGUCGGUACUACGAUCUGCGCCGAGGACACUUUGAAGUUCAUCAGGAUGAUGAGAGAAUGUAAUAAUAUCGACAACCGAUACAGAACCUAUAACGGAAGAUGUAACAAUGCCAUUCAUCCUACCUGGGGAGCCGCCCUUGAGGCGUACUCCAGAUUUCUUCCGCCAGAGUAUAAAGAUGGCGUCUCUCUACCAAGGACCGAUCUGCCUAGUGCUCGGGACGUGUCUUCAAAAAUUCACGCAGGCGGUCCCGACAUAAAGCAUCCUUACCUCAUGGCCCUGGCUGCGCUCUUUGGACAGUUCCUCGCGCAUGAUCUUGCUCAUACCCCCAAGAUGGUACUUCCCGAUGGGACCAGGUUAAAGUGCUGCGACGUGGAAUUUGAAAAUUUUCAUCCUGAGUGCUUCCCCAUACUAGCUGAAAAUUCUAUACAGUGUAUGGAAUAUUCGCGAUCAGCUCCCCAUCCCGGAAACGUCUUUCAGGGUUGUAAGCUGGGACCUCGACAGCAAAUUAAUCAGGCCACGUCCUACCUGGAUCUAUCUCACGUGUAUGGAACUUCGGAGGAAACCGCCAAGUCCCUGCGCUCCGGCAAGGACGGUUUGCUCAGCACCCAAAGGACGAAUCUUCCUAUGCCAUCCAAAGAUGCCGAAGGCUGCAGAAGCAAUAGCGACGCCUUCCCCUGCUUCCUCAGCGGCGAUUCCAGGAUCAACGAGCAUCCGGGCGUCGCUCUGAUGCACGUCCUGUUCAUGAGGGAGCAUAACAGGAUUGCCAAGAAAUUGGCGCAGCUCAACCCUCGGUGGGACGACGAGAGAAUUUAUCAAGAAAGCAGAAAAAUAGUAAUUGCCGAGAUGCAGCACGUUACUUACAACGAAUUCCUUCCGGUCGUCCUCGGGGAGACGAUGCUGGACAAAUACGAUCUACGUCUCACGGCACAAGGAUACUUCCGGGGCUAUAAAUCUCAGACAGACGCGACGAUAUCAAAUGCCGCAGCAUCCGCAGGAUUGUCAUUCGUCGCUGCUCUCACUCCAAAGACCCUGGACCUGGUCGAUACUCGGUCUGCUAUUAAAUCUGGAGAAAGAUCUCUUCUCUCUGCCUUCUACGCUCCCCAGGAGCUUUACGAGGCUGGCGCCAUCGAGCGUCUGAUUGCCGGGGCGACUGCUGGACAUUCCAGAAAGCCCUUGCCACCCGGACUCAAUGAAAUACUCUUGGGAAGGUACUUCCACGAUGGUAAAACCAAAGAAGUUGCCGUGGACUAUGCUGCACAGAUCAUCCAACAAGGAAGAGAUCACGGUCUGCCACCUUAUGCCAAGUGGCGAAAAUUCUGCGAUCUGCCUGAGGUCAAUAACUUCCAGGACCUAGUGGGAACCAUGUCCAAAGAAACCAUAGACAGACUCAGUAGCGUCUAUAGUGAAAUCCAAGAUGUCGACCUUGUCACCGGUGGGCUGUCCGAGGCUCCUGCAGAAGGUUCCGUCGUAGGACCCACUUUCCUCUGUCUUCUAGGAAAGACAUUCAGAAACCUUCGUCUAGGCGACAGGUACUGGUACGAGAAUGGAAACAGUAAAGGAGCAUUGACCCUGGACCAGUUGGAGGAAAUUCGAAAAAUAACCAUGGCCCGAAUUUUGUGUAACAAUGCUGACAACCUGAGAACCAUACAGUCCAGAGCGUUCAUACUGACGGAUCCUUUCUUAAAUGACGUGAGGAACUGCUCGACGUAUGAGAACGACGGUUUGGACCUGACAGCCUGGAAGGAGAAAUCGAGUGUGUCGUAACCAAGUGAUACUCCACUUUUUUCUUUCUAGCUCGCAAGUUCAAUGAGCCCUAAGUGGAUGCCAACCAAAGGGUGACUAAUAUUCACCAGAUCGGUACUAGCCAAUAAUACACAAUGCGUGUAAUAAUUACGCAAGUAUUCCGCAAACCCUCAUUUCUCGACUUUUAUUAACGGAACUGACCUCUAUCGGCCGAAUCUUUUAUUUCCCACGCUCCUGGACUCGCCGUUAACGCGAGCGCAUUAUCUUGGGAGAAAAACCACUAUGAUUAUUUCACUAUACUUCUUCUAUGAAUUCCGUUUCCGCGUUUUUCCCACACAAGGCAACACCACCGGCGAUUACUAAUGACUAUUAAUAUUUAACCUGAAUACCCUAAGGACAUUCCUCCAGGCACAAGUACAACGACUCUAGAAUAGCCCGGCAUUGUUAGCUCCUUGCUGGAACGAGGCUGGCGCAAAAACAUUAAUAAUUCAUAAAGAAACGUCAUUCUAUACUCUCCUACAAUAACGAGAUAUUUGACAUUUGCGUACAUUACGAGUUUCGUCGAAUUCUCCAGAAUGACAAUAAAAUUCAAGAGUCACGUUUCCUCGGCCUACCGUGUAGGUACAUAUUCAAUAUUGACAUGUAAGCUAUGGAAAUAAACGUUUAUAUGUAAUAUGUAACAUUGUACUGUAAUACUGAUCUAUUCCAAUGCUUAAAGAAAACGUAAGAGACUAAGGAAAAAUAUUCUUCGUGGAUUCGAUUUUUUUAAAUAGUUUCUAACGAUUACGUUAAGUCGAUUGAGAAUUCCUUCAAGUCGAGGAUAUCUCGUGAAAGAUUGUAAUUACCGGAAAGAUGGCUCCUACAGUCUCGUGGCGCUUGACAUUUAAGCUAGUCGUAAUAAACGCGAGCCCAUUAUAGUGUAUUCAACGUGACCAUCGAAUAAAGAUAUAUAUAUAUAUAUAUA